AACUUGGUGGCUGUGACUGGCCGCUGACUGUCAGCGAAGAGAGGAAAAUCGCGAAGUUUGGGAGACGGAGACUCGGUAAAUCAGUGCUGAGUGAGUUUUACCGUGCCAGAUUGGUGCGUGGGACCGCGUAGACGUCAGUUUCGCAAUGAUAACGUCGCCUUAGCCAGGGAUAACCCCGAUUCCCCGGUACCCUCGUGUGUAAAAUGAUAUACGUAGCGAAGAAGACGCGAGUGAGCCUCGUAGCCGCGUAGCCCUGAGUUCGGUACUGCCCGGGUAAAUAAACCCGAAGGGGAUUGAGUGAGCUGAAGUUUGGCGGUCCUUUCCAUCGAAAUCGUCUCGGCUCCCGGGCGGGACGGACAAAUCACACCAAGCCGAAUGAACGAACGUUUCGAAGACUAGGUGCCUGCAUAGAUCGGGGAUCGAAGAAAGUGAUACGGGUGAUAAAGAGAGCCAGUGACUCGGAUCGUGGGAGGUGCAGCAGCUCCGGAUACUCGAGGACGGCGUGCAGCGUAAGAAACCCAAGUAAAAGUGUGUUGUGUGCAUUCGUCUUCGUCGACGUCGCCCUGCUUGCCGUCUCCGUUCCGUCGCUGCAACAGCAGCGUUCGUCCGUCCGUCCGUGGCAGGUUCAGGUUGACUCGACUGGUAGCUCGAGCUCUGAGACACUAGCAUCCGAACAAACGACGGAAAAAAGGGGGGGGGAGAAACAAAAGAAAAACGAAAAAUAAAAAACAAAACAACACCCGAAUCAAUCAAAAUGGCGGACCUCGAGGCGGUUCUCGCCGAUGUGAGCUACCUGAUGGCGAUGGAGAAGAGCAAAUGCACCCCCGCGGCGAGGGCGAGCAAGAAAAUCGUCCUGCCGGACCCUAGUGUCAGAAGCGUCACGCACAAGCAUCUUAUUAAAAAGAAUGAAGUGAACUUCGACAAAAUAUUCAAUCAAAUGUUAGGGUAUCUUUUAUUCAAAGACUUCUGCGAGACUGUAGCGGAGGAACCAAUUCCGCAACUUAGUUUUUACGAAGAGAUCAAAGCGUAUGAGAAGUUGGAAUGUCCGGAAGAGAGGAGAAGACUUGCUCGGGAAAUAUACGACAAUUUCAUAAUGAAAGAAUUAUUAGCUCAUGCGCACGAAUACUCGAAAGAUGCGGUAGCACAUGUACAGAAAUAUCUAAUGAAGAACGAGGUUCCAGUUAAUUUAUUUGAGCCGUACAUUGAGGAAAUCUUCAACCACCUGAGGGGAGACCCGUUCAAAAAAUUUUUGGAGAGUGACAAGUACACACGUUUCUGCCAAUGGAAGAAUCUCGAGCUGAACAUCCAGCUGACAAUGAACGACUUCAGCGUACAUCGAAUUAUCGGGAGGGGGGGAUUUGGGGAAGUUUACGGAUGCCGAAAGGCGGACACUGGUAAAAUGUACGCAAUGAAGUGCCUCGAUAAAAAGCGUAUUAAAAUGAAGCAGGGAGAAACAUUGGCCCUUAAUGAAAGGAUAAUGCUCUCGCUAGUCAGUACUGGAGUCGAUUGCCCGUUCAUAGUCUGCAUGACAUACGCCUUUCACACGCCGGACAAAUUGUGCUUCAUACUGGAUUUAAUGAAUGGUGGCGAUCUUCACUAUCACCUUAGUCAACAUGGUGUUUUCAAUGAACCCGAAAUGAAAUUUUACGCAGCUGAAGUGAUUCUUGGUCUGGAACACAUGCACCGCAGAUACAUCGUAUAUCGAGACCUUAAACCAGCCAAUAUUCUUCUUGACGAACACGGUCACGUCAGGAUAUCCGAUCUGGGACUCGCCUGUGAUUUUUCAAAGAAAAAACCCCACGCCAGUGUCGGCACUCACGGCUACAUGGCGCCUGAGGUACUUUCGAAAGCAACCCCGUACGACUCGAGCGCAGAUUGGUUUUCCUUCGGUUGUAUGUUAUACAAACUCCUGAAGGGUCACAGUCCGUUCAGACAGCACAAGACCAAAGACAAACACGAAAUCGACCGCAUGACACUCACUAUGAAUGUCGAACUACCAGAAACUUUUUCGCGGGAGCUGCAGUCGCUUCUAGAAGGUUUGCUGCAAAGGGAUAUCGACAAGAGGCUCGGGUGCCGAGGCGGUGGGGCAGACGAGCUUAAAGAGCAUCCAUUUUUUAGUGGAAUCGACUGGCAACAAGUGUAUCUUCAAAAGUAUACGCCACCUUUGAUACCACCGAAAGGGGAAGUUAAUGCAGCUGAUGCUUUUGAUAUUGGGUCUUUCGACGAAGAGGAUACCAAAGGUAUCAAGUUGACAGACGCCGAUCAAGAUCUUUACAAAAAUUUCCCUCUCGUUAUAUCGGAGAGAUGGCAAGCUGAAGUAGCAGAAACUGUCUUCGAAACAAUUAACAAUGAAGCUGAUAAGGUGGAAAAUAAACGUAAAGCAAAACAGAAGCUGAGGUUUGACACCGAUGAGAAGGAGUCGGAUUGUAUACUACACGGGUAUAUAAAAAAAUUAGGAGGACCCUUUGCGAGCGCGUGGCAGACUCGCUAUGCUAAAUUAUAUCCAAACCGAUUAGAACUUCAUCCAGAAUCGACGACUAAUAAACCCGAACUUGUCUUCCUGGAUCAGGUGGAAGAAGUAGCUGCUGACUACCAACACGUUAAAGGAGAACAGUGUAUAGUAGUUCGUACUCGAGAUGCGAAAAUUGUACUCACUAAUCCCGAUGAAAUAGGAUUGAAAGAGUGGGCACUGUCACUUCGGUCUGCACACAAAUGUUCAAUGGAGUUGCUAGGAAACAUGGCAAAAAAAGCUGGAAAAAUAUACGGCACUGAACGUGAGGCGACAAUCCAGCAAAUGCAGCGUUCUACAAACGGAAACUAGCCCUUGCCGUUGCCGGUAACGUAUUGUCAUACUUCAGUUCCACUGCUACGCAGCAGCAGCAGUAACAGCACCAGCAACAACAACAACUUUUUUUAUACUAAUACGAGGUGAAAGAGCUAGAGCGAUGCUCACUGGUAUCGAGGACAGUGUUAGACGGGAUCUGAUCCUCUUACCUCAGACUCACUCAAUCACUCACAUCCCCCCGUCUCCCGCCCUUCGAUUCGCCCUUCGUCUCCCAAAAUUCCCGAAACUUGUACGGCGUGUAGCGCCGCGCUGUAUAGAGACUCUAGCGGAUAGCCUCGCACCCAUCCCUUGCCCCCUCCCCAUCGUCCCGCCUCUCGCCAAUCACGAACCCUGAUUUAAACUACACGUAGGGUUAUCGGUAUAGGAAUUCGGGCGCGUAGCGUGACGUCGUUAUAUUUGUACGGUAGCUAUAAUACUUAUGUAUGUGGAUGGCAUUAGCGAUUAGCGACUGAGCCAUGCACAUCACCCUCUAUCCCGGGUCCUCUGUCCUGAACCAAGUAUCCUCUACCCGCCCCGAUCCGAUAGUGUAUUAAUAUUACUACGAAACUUGUAUUAUUGUAUUAAUUGAACCGAACUGUACUAUUCGUUUACUUAAUUUAUUUACUAAUACAAAAAAAAAAAAAAGGAAAGAAGAAAAGUUUUAUAUUACCUUAAGAUAGCAAACAAUCCAUUGUCUAUUACGUUGUUAUUACUAUUAUUAAUAUUGUUAUUAUUAUUGUUUUAUCCAUGGUAUUUCCAUCAACAGAGAAAGGGAGAGAAGAAAAACCAAUAGAAAACUGUACCAAUAAUAAUGAUGAUAUUAUUAAUGACAAUGAUGAAAAAUGAUAAAGUCGUUUGUAUAUUGGUAGGAAAAUUGAAUAUUAUUGUUAUUACUGUGUACCGCUUGGGCAGACACGCGCCGUCCGCCUUGGCAAUAAAAAAAGAUGUGCGAUGAACGCAAAGAA